UGAGAAGGAGCGACGAAGAAAAGAUAAGCCAAGGAUCAGUCAAAGUGGAAUCGCUUUUGCGGUUUUGACUUAAACAAUAUUUUUCUCUCUUUCAUUUUCUUCUCUUCUAUUCGCUGCGAUGCAAUGCAAUGCAACACAACACAAUAACGCUUUCAGAGUCUAAGACUUCCCGCGUUGAAAACUUUUCCUUUUUCGUUCAUUGGUCACAGCCUCUGAACACCCGUUACACUCUCUCUCCGCGUUAAAAUUCAGUGUGGAACUUUCCCAGUUAUUGCAAUUUAUUAUACAUACAUCACAAUAUACUACCAUCUUUCCUUUUGCUUCUCUUAGAUUUAGCAAAAGGGUACUCUCCUACCUCUUGUUUGCCUUACUGGUCAUAACAAAAUUGAAGCUUUGAGCUCAGCUUUGAGCUUUCAUGGCUGAGGCCAAACAGUACUUCCCCCCCUCUCAAUUGGAUAUCAAGCAAAUUAUCGUGGAAGCACAGCAUCGAUGGCUGCGUCCGGCUGAAAUCUGUGCAAUUCUCAGCAACUAUAAGAAGUUUCGAAUUGCUCCAGAACCUGCUACUAUGCCACCAAGUGGUUCACUUUUCUUAUUUGAUCGGAAGGUGCUGAGAUACUUCAGAAAAGAUGGCCACAACUGGAGGAAGAAAAAAGAUGGAAAAACAGUAAGAGAAGCACAUGAGAGACUAAAGGCUGGAAGUGUGGAUGUGCUGCAUUGCUACUAUGCUCAUGGAGAAGAAGAUGAGAGUUUUCAGAGACGCACAUAUUGGCUGCUUGAAGAGGAACUCUCUAACAUUGUUCUAGUUCAUUAUCGACAAGUGAAGGGAGGAACCAAGGCAAAUUAUACGUGUGCUAAAGAAAAUGAAGAAUCUCUUCCUUGUGCUCAGCAAACUGACAAAAUUAUGCUCAAAGCAGAGAUGGACACUUCUUUUUCGUCCGUUCUUCAUCCAAACAGUUACCAGGUUCCUUCACAAACUAUGGAUUCAAGCAUGAACAGUGCCCAAGUAUCAGAAUAUGAGGAAGCUGAAUCUGCAUUCAAUGGCCAUGCAAGUUCUGAGUUUUAUUCUUUCCUUGAGUUACAACGCCCUGUUGAGAAGAUUAUAGAUCAAGCUGCUGAUUCUUAUUCUCCUCACCCACUCAUAAAUGAGCAAAAGAAGUUACCUGUCAUUGCUGAGACGAAUUAUGUCUCACUCACCCAAGACAGAAAAUUCAUAGACAUUCUUAGUGGUGGAUUGACAUAUGAAUCCCUAAAACCCCUGGGAUUUUCCUCAUGGGAAGAUAUACUAGAAAAUAAUGGUGAAAGUCAACACAUGCCUUUUCAGCCUUUAUUUCCUGAAAUGCAACCUGAUAACAUGGCAGUCAAUAGCAACUUUUGUCAAGGAUAUGACAUAAUGGUGCCACAUUUGACCACCAGCAUUGCUAAGCUGCAUGACAAUGGAAGUCUCAUACAGGCUGAAGGAAGUUGGCAGGGAUAUAGUGUUGAUUCUUUACGUGUGUCCAGUUGGCCUAUAGACAAUGUCCAUUCAAGCUCAACAUGUGAGGUUAGUUGUAGCAACUGUGAGCAUGAAGUUAAUGAAGUUGAUAUUCAGAAAUCCUUGCAACAGUCUCUUCUCCAUCAACACAAACAAGACAAGGUUCUCAUGCUAAAUGAUCCUCAAGAGAUAAUGCUUGAUUAUCUAAAAUCAGACUUUGAGGCCAGUAGAACCCUGGAUGGAAUAGAAGACCCACGUUUCACUUUUAAAAGGACUCAGUUAGAUGGAUCCCCAGCAGAAGAGGGUCUGAAGAAGCUUGACAGUUUCAACCAAUGGAUGAGCAAAGAGCUUGGAGAUGUGGAAGAAUCAAAUAAACCAUCUACAUCUGGUGCUUAUUGGGAUACAGUUGAAAGUGAAAGUGAGGUUGGCAGCACAACUAUUCCUUCCCAAGGGCACCUGGACACCUAUGUAUUGGAUCCAUCUGUUUCCAAUGAGCAGCUUUUUAGCAUUAUUGAUUAUUCACCAAGCUGGGCAUUUGAAGGGUCAGAAGUUAAGAUUAUAAUUUCUGGACGAUUCUUAAGAAGCCAACAAGAAGCAGAACAAUGUAAAUGGUCAUGCAUGUUUGGUGAGGUAGAAGUGCCAGCAGUGAUACUUGCAAAAGAUGUUCUUUGCUGUCAUACUCCUCAACACAAGGCUGGGAGGGUACCUUUCUAUGUAACUUGUUCCAAUAGGUUAGCAUGCAGUGAAGUGCGAGAAUUUGAUUUCCAGGUCAACUGUACUCAAGAAGUCAACACUGCAGGUGAGGAUAGAGCCAGCAUUUUCCAUACUCUUAGUAGACGAUUUGGAGAACUGUUGUCCCUGGGGCAUGCCGUUCCUCAGAAUUCAGAUUCAAUCAGCGGAAAUGAGAAAUCUCAACUGAGAAGUAAAAUCAGUUCUUUGCUAAGAGGGGAGGAUGAUGUUUGGGACAAGCUACUGGAACUUACUCAAGAGAACGAAUUUUCUACAGAAGAUUUACAGGAGCAGCUGCUUCAAAAUCUUCUAAAAGAUAAGUUGCACGCAUGGCUCCUUCAGAAAAUUACAGACGAUGGAAAAGGCCCCAAUGUAUUGGAUGAGGGUGGCCAAGGUGUGCUUCAUUUUGCUGCUGCUCUUGGCUACGAUUGGGCACUAGAACCCACACUAGUUGCUGGUGUGAAUGUGAACUUUCGUGACAUAAAUGGAUGGACUGCUCUUCAUUGGGCAGCAUUUUAUGGCAGGGAGCGCACGGUUGCUUUCCUCAUAUCUCUUGGCGCAGCACCUGGAUUACUGACUGACCCGUGUCCAGAACAUCCUUCUGGUAGAACACCGGCUGAUCUAGCUUCUACAAAUGGGCAUAAAGGAAUUGCAGGGUAUCUCGCAGAAUCUUCACUGAGUGCACAGCUCACUACUCUUGAUUUGAACAAGGAUGUGGGAGAAAAUUCUGGAAACAAAGUGGUCCAAAGAAUCCAAAACACUGGCCCAGUUAAUGAUCUUGACGGUCUAUCAUAUGAACAGUCACUGAAAGAUUCAUUAGCUGCAGUGUGCAAUGCCACCCAAGCUGCGGCUCGUAUUCAUCAAGUUUUCAGAAUGCAAUCGUUCCAGAGAAAGCAGCUGAAGGAAUUUGGCGAUGACAAAUUUGGAAUAUCUGACGAACGUGCUCUUUCACUUGUAAAAAAGAAUGGGAAAUCACACAAGUCUGGAUCACGCGAUGAGCCGGUCCAUGCUGCUGCAAUACGUAUCCAGAACAAAUUCCGCGGUUGGAAGGGCAGAAAAGAUUUUUUGAUGAUUCGACAACGUAUAGUAAAAAUUCAGGCUCACGUGAGAGGACACCAGGUUAGGAAAAAUUGUGGGAAGAUAAUUUGGACUGUUGGGAUAUUGGAGAAAGUUAUUUUGCGUUGGCGUCGAAAAGGUAGUGGUUUGAGAGGAUUUAAAGCAGAGGCCAAUUCUGAAGUAACUAUGAUAGAAGAUGUAACAUCCUCUGAGGAUGACUAUGAUGUCUUAAAAGAAGGCAGGAAGCAAACAGAGCAAAGAUUGCAGAAAGCUCUGGCCAGGGUGAAGUCAAUGAUUCAGUAUCCAGAGGCAAGGGACCAAUACCAUAGGGUCUUGAAUGUGGUAACUCAGAUCCAAGAAAAUCAGGUAAAUCAUGAUAGCAGUUGUAACAAUUCAGAAGAAAUAAGAGACUUCAAUAACCUCACUGAUCUUGAAGCACUGUUGGACGAAGAUAUUUUCAUGCCUACAGCAACUUAGAAGUUAGAUUUCAUCGUCACUUUUGUGGCUUAUAAUUUAACAGCACACUCAGGUCAUGAACCGUCUUAUGUUGAUCGUUAUAGUAAUAUUAAUUUUAAUUCUUUUUAAACUA